GACUUCCUGAUUCUGCCCCACACACCUCUCCGCCACCCUACAACAACCCUUUGCAACCUCCCCCUCCCCCUCCCCAGGAUGCCCCCAUCCCGGGAUACAGUGAUUCCCCGCCCCGCCACCAUUCCGCCACCCUCCCCCGCCUCCCCCCUGACCCCUACAUGCAGGAAACUCAGUUCAACGGAGCCGCCCAGGGCUACGUCGUGCAGACGCACCCACCUGUCGGGACCCUCCCCAUCGGAGGCUACAUGCACCCGGGGUACCCAGUCCAGCUACAGCCUUGUACGGCAUAUGUGCCGGUCUACCCUGUAGGGGCGUCCUACUCUCAGGCCAACCAACCUCCACCACCAGCUCUCUCCCCAACACAGAUGACGCCUGGUAUCGCCAUCUUGGAACCCCGGCGCCCACCGCACGAUUAUCUUCCCAUCGCUGUCCUCACCACCAUCUGCUGCUUCUGGCCCACUGGCAUCAUUGCUAUCAUCAAGGCUGUGCAGGUGCGGACUGCUGUUGCCCGUGGCGACAUCGUAUCGGCAGAAAUUGCCUCCCGGGAGGCCCGCAACUUCUCCUUCAUUAGCCUGGCGGUGGGCAUCGCCGCCAUGGUCCUGUGCACCAUCCUUACGGUGGUGAUCAUCAUUGCCGCUCAGCACCAUGACAACGACUGGGACCCCUAG